UGGAUAGAAGUUACUUUCGACUGUGAAGCAGGAAGAAAAGAAGCAAUAGACAAGAUAGAGAAGAAAAGCCGAGACUGGUUCAGAAUGAUUCCAGAAGAAAAAGAAGAAGAAGAAGAAAAGAGAAGACCAAAUGGAGAUAAUGAAGAUGAAAACUUGAAAUAUAUAAUACUGUGGGACUUACCAAAGGAUAUAAAUCAGCAGGAAAUACAGUACGCCUGUAAGAAAAUAGGCACAGUAGAAAAUAUACAAAUCAAGAGAAGCUUUACAAAAGCACGAGCAAUAUUGAAGAUAAACAGAGAAAGAGAAGCAGAAGUACCAUGGACAAUACCAAUAGGUGACGAAAAACUGGCAAGAAUUACAGAAAGUAUAGAAGACUUCGACGAACGAAACAGACGAAGCAAGAUAAUAGCAAGAUUAAGAAGUUUGCCAAAAGGGGCAUCAGAGGUGUUAGAAUGGAAAACCCAAUACAAUUCAGAUAGAGAUAAUCAAGACAGAUCAGAGAGAUCACAAUCAAGAGAAAAAGAAGAAAGAGUAAUUGAUACAAAAAGAAAAAGAGAAGAAGAAGAAUUCAGUGAAAAAUCUGAAUAUGAAGAGAGCGAAGCAAAGGAAUUAAACGAAACCCUAAAACAAGACGAAGAGUCGCUAGACGCUCCUGAAAGGCGCCAUUGUUAA